GCGGCGGCCGUGCUCGCUAGUGAGGGCGGGAGGGAGUGAGUCACUGAGCGUGUGUGAGGGAAGGAAGGAGCGAGCAGGCGAGCGAGCAGCCCGCGCCGUCUGCCCGCAGCACCAGCCAGGCCCCGCUGCCGCCCCGCCGCCCUGCGCCGAGGCCGGGCCGAGCCGAGCUGGGUCGCGCCCGGGCCAUGCUGCUCACCGUGUACUGUGUGCGGAAGGACCUCUCCGAGGUGACCUUUUCGCUCCAGGUCGACGCCGACUUCGAGCUGCACAACUUCCGCGCGCUGUGCGAGCUCGAGUCUGGCAUCCCCGCAGCCGAGAGCCAGAUUGUCUAUGCUGAAAGACCUCUCACAGACAACCACAGAUCAUUGGCUUCUUACGGCUUGAAAGAUGGGGAUGUUGUGAUUUUACGGCAGAAGGAGAAUGCAGACCCUCGACCUCCAGUGCAGUUCCCAAACUUACCCCGAAUAGACUUCCGUAGCAUAGCUGUGCCUGGCACAUCCAGCUCCCGGCAGCGCCAGCCACCAGGAGCACAGCAGUCCCGCUCAUCUCCUGGAGAAAUAGCUUCAUCUCCUCAAGGCCUGGACAAUCCAGCCUUGCUCCGAGACAUGUUGCUGGCCAACCCCCACGAGCUGUCCUUGCUGAAGGAGCGCAAUCCACCCCUGGCAGAUGCUCUGCUCAGUGGAGAUCUUGAGAAAUUUUCUAGGGUCCUGGUGGAGCAGCAGCAGGACCGAGCACGGAGAGAGCAAGAAAGGAUUCGUCUCUUUUCUGCUGAUCCUUUUGAUCUUGAAGCUCAAGCAAAGAUAGAAGAAGAUAUAAGGCAACAGAACAUUGAGGAAAACAUGACAAUAGCUAUGGAAGAGGCUCCGGAAAGUUUUGGCCAAGUAGUAAUGCUUUAUAUUAACUGCAAAGUGAAUGGACAUCCUGUGAAAGCCUUUGUUGACUCAGGUGCCCAGAUGACUAUUAUGAGCCAAGCUUGUGCAGAAAGGUGCAAUAUAAUGAGGCUGGUGGACCGUCGGUGGGCAGGGAUCGCCAAAGGAGUGGGCACCCAGAAGAUUAUUGGAAGGGUACAUCUAGCUCAGGUUCAAAUUGAAGGAGAUUUCCUGGCGUGUUCCUUCUCUAUACUUGAGGAGCAGCCCAUGGACAUGCUUCUGGGACUGGACAUGCUGAAACGGCAUCAGUGUUCCAUUGACCUCAAGAAAAAUGUGCUUGUGAUUGGCACCACGGGCUCACAGACCACCUUCCUUCCUGAGGGAGAGUUACCAGAGUGUGCCCGGUUGGCAUAUGGUGCUGGGCGAGAGGACGUGCGGCCAGAGGAGUUUGCAGACCAAGAAUUAGCAGAGGCCCUUCAAAAAUCCGUAGAGGAUGCAGAGCGUCAGAAGCCAUGAUGCAUGUAGUGUGUGUGUACUGCAGCUGGAGUGGGCCCCAGACCAG